AUGAACGACGAUGGAAUCAUUUGUGUUUUGGCCAGUCAAUCGCCGAAUCGAUUGAAAUUGUUGCAGCAAAUUGUGAGUUGAGCGCUGAAAAUCUUGAAAUUUAGGUCUAGAGGCUGAAAAUCCGAAAAAAAAAAUUGACGAUAGGUUCCCCUGCGCGGGAGCUGAAAUUCUCACUAGAAAUCUCGAUUUUCAGCAAAAAUCCUAGGUUCUUGCUGGAAAUUCAAGAAUUCUAGUGAGAAUUUCAGAUCCGGCAUGUUUUCCAUAUCAAAAUUUCAGCCUAUGUGGCUGAAAAUCCAAAAAAAAAAUUGGCGAUAGGUUCCCCUGCGCGGGAGCUGGAAUUUUCACUAGAAAUCUCGAUUUUCAGCAAAAACCUUGGGAUUUGUGCUGGAAAUUCAAGGUUUUUAGUGAGAAUUUUAGAUCCGGCAUGUUUUCUAUAUCAAAAUUUCAGCCCAACUGGCAAAAAAAAUUGACGAUAGGUUCCCCUGCGCGGAAUCUCAAAUUCUCACUAGAAAUCUCGAUUUUCAGCAAAAACCAGGAGAUUUUUACUGGAAAUUCAAGAUUUUUAGUGAGAAUUUCAGAUCCGGCAUUUUUUACAUCACAAAAUUUCAAGAAAGUUUUCGCAGGGUUUGAAAAACAUCAAAGUGCACGUGUCAAACUACGAAGAGGAUCUUCCAAAAACUCUUUCACCACAAGAAUUUGUGACUCAAACCGCCUAUUGGAAGUUGAAGAAAGUUGUGGAUGAGUUGUUGGAGAAAGAGGUUUGAAAUUUAUUUUUAUUUUCAAAUUUCAAAUUUCAAACCUAAAUUUAAAUUUAAAGGAAAAGUUCACAUUUGUGAUCGCCGCUGACACAAUAAUCGAAUUUAAUGGCGAAAUUAUUGGGAAGCCGGAAAAUGCGCAAAACGCGGUUGAGACUCUAAAACGGUGAGUUAGGGGAACUUGUCUUAAAAUUCCUUAAUUUAAAAAAAAUUUUCAGACUUCGCAACGAGACCCAUAAUGUUUACACGGGAGUUGCGAUCUAUUUCGAAGAACAUGGAACGAUUGAGAUGUUCUCGGAGAAAAGUGUGGUUCAUUUUGGCGAUAUUCCGGAUCGAGUUAUUCAGCAAUAUGUGGAUUCCGGAGAGCCACUGUGAGAUUUUUUGAAAAAUUGACGAUAGGUUCUCCAUUCUCACUAGAAAUCUGGAAUUUCCCAAAGAAAAUACUCAAUUUUCAAUGGUAAUUCAGGAUUUCUAGUGAAAAUUUCAGCCUAACCGGCUGAAAAUCCGAAAAAAAAUUGACGAUAGGUUCCCCAUGCGCGGGAUCUCAAUUUCUCACUGGAAAUCUUGAUUUUCAGCAAAAACCUGGAGAUUUUUACUGGAAAUUCAAGAUUUCUAGUGAGAAUUUCAGAUCCGGCAUGUUUUCUAUAUCAAAAUUUCAGCCUAACUGGCUGAAAAUCCAGAAAAAAAUUGGCGAUAGGUUCCCCUGCGCGGGAGCUGAAAUUCUCGCUAGAAAUCUCGAUUUUCAGCAAAAACCUCGGGAUUUUUACUGGAAAUUCAAUAUUUCUAGUGAGAAUUUCAGAUCCGGCAUGUUUUCUAUAUCAAAAUUUCAGCCUAAUUGGCUGAAAAUCCGAAAAAAAUUGACGAUAGGUUCGCCAUGCGCGGGAUCUGAAAUUAUCACUAGAAAUCUCGAUUUUCAGCAAAAACCUUGGGAUUUUUACUGGAAAUUCAAUAUUUCUAGUGAGAAUUUCAGAUCCGGCAUGUUUUCUAUAUCAAAAUUUCAGCCUAACUGGCUGAAAAUCCGAAAAAAAAUUGACGAUAGGUUCCCCAUGCGCGGGAGCUGAAAUUCUCACUAGAAAUCUCGAUUUUCAGCAAAAAUCUGGAGAUUUUUACUGGGAAUUCAGGAUAUCUAGUGAGAAUUUUAGAUCCGGCAUGUUUUUCAUCACAAAAUUUCAGCCUAACUGGCUGAAAAUCCAAAAAAAAAUUGACGAUAGGUUCCCCUGCGCGGGAUCUCAAUUUCUCGCUAGAAAUCGCGAUUUUCCGCAAAAACCUGAUGAUUUUUACUGGAAAAUCAGGAUUUCUAGUGAGAAUUUCAGAUCCGGCAUCAAUUUUACAACGAAAACCAGGAAUUUGGGCUCAAACUCACUUUUUUUUUUAAAUAUUAGUUUUUGUUUCGGUUUAGUUAGUUAGAAAUCAAGUAUCUAUCUAGAAAUGACUAGAUUUUUUCGAAACUAGAAAAUUAUUAGAUCUUGAAUUCUGAUAAGACGUGAAAUUUGGAAUAAUUUGAUUUGAAACGUGAAAUUUCAAGAUUUUCAGACAAAUUUUAAGCUUCCCCACCCAAAAACCACCUACGCAACCGGAUUUUUGCAGUAAAAAAGCCGGCUCCUACGGUAUCGGCGAAUUCGGCGCCGUUUUCGUUCGCUCAAUCGAGGGCUGUCAGCCAAAUGUCGUCGGUUUGCCUUUGCACCGUGUUCACCAAGUGCUUCUCGCCCGAAAAGUUCUCUAA